GUAGGUUUUAUCAGUGCAGGUUCACACUUUAGUAUGAAAAUUAAAUGCUUAUCAGACGUAUGUCUGAGUCGUUCAUUUAUUAAGUUAUAAGUUUUCAAAGUAUAUGAAGCGGGAAAAUUAUGAAAUUAAUUUUAUUUGUUACUCGCUGGUCAUUAUUGGUAGCAUUAAUAUGUUCAAGCUGCAUAAUUUUUACAUUGGCAACGGCUGAAUUAAGCAAUCUUGAAGGAAGAAUUCUUCAAACUAAUAGUUCUAUUAAUGUAGUGAAAAACGAAACUGUACCAGAAGAAAUAGUUAGUCCACCAAUAGUUCCUCCUUUAGUUGAUGUGAUCCAUGGGAAGGUUAACACUGUGGUUCAUGAAAUUCAUGGUAGUAUUGAGGAAAUUCCAAUAUUAAUCAAUACAGAGGUGAAACCCGAUGAUAGUUUUCCUUCUGCUACAGUUGAUCUCACUACUCCUAUAAUUGAGGAUGUAGGAACUCCGGUUGAGCCGGCACCACGGCUGGUGGAGGAGGCAGCCAAUGUCACCGCCCCCGAAUCACCGCCUCCAGAGGCUACGGUCAACAUGACUGCCCCCGCCACCCCUGACGAUAUACCUUCCUUCAGUGAGUGGGCCAAAAAGCAUAUGGCUGAAGCGGGAAGGAAUAAAGGUGAAAACUUGACUGUAGGGAGUGGUGGUGCUAAGUUAAGAAUAAAGAAUUAUGCAUCACCUGAUUGUGGUGCAAAAGUAAUUGCAGCCAAUCCGGAAGCAGCAAGCCCUUCAGCGAUUCUCUCCUCGACAAGGGAUGAUUACAUGUUAAAUCCUUGUAAUGUUAAGAUUUGGUUUGUGGUUGAGCUUUGUGAACCUAUCCAACCCCAGAGGAUCGAAAUUGCAAAUUUUGAAUUGUUCUCUUCAUCUCCUCAAGAUCUCUCCGUCUUUACAAGUGACAGGUUCCCUUCUCGUGAAUGGGCUCAAACAAGUGCUCUCACUGCCAAAGAUGAAAGGACUGUUCAGAGUUUUCAGCUUCCUAGAAUUUCACACUUUGUCAAAUAUAUAAAAGUGGAACUUCAUUCUCAUUAUGGCAGUGAACAUUACUGUCCAAUUUCUCUAUUUAAGGCUUAUGGAACUUCAGAACUUGAGGUUUUGGAAAAUGUUGAUGGUGAUGACAAUGAACCUGAUGAAAUCAAUGAUGAAGAAAAUGUUGGUGAGAAAAGAGAUCUUCUCGAGGAAUUGGAAAUAAAUAAAACUGCAGAACAUGAAAAUAAAGAAGUUGAAAAUGGAAAUAGUAAUCUAUUUGGGUCUGCAAAAGCAGCUGUUAUGAGUAUCGUCAAGAAAGCCGCUGAAGUUUUGGUAAAGUCGCCUGGAAACCAUAGUGCAGUGUGCAGUCAAUCUGGACCUCCAGAGCACAGGCACUGUUUUACUCCGAGUUACCAAAUCGUAUGCAACAACUGCUCUGAGGAUUUUUAUGACAAACUUUAUGAAAUCCUUUGCUGUCGUGGAACAGAAAUUCAAUGCUUAUUGGCGAACCCUUAUGUGAAUUCAGUAAUAUCUGACAGCCAGCUUUGUAAUGAAAUCGGCCUCAGUUGGGAUGAUCCAAAAAUUCCUUUAAGCUCCUCCACUAAUGUUUGGUCACCCAAGGUGGCUUACCUCAGGGCACUCCUGCCUAGGGAAAUCAUUGCUGCUUUGUGUAAUUAUAUAGCUGUAAGUAGAAAAAAAGUAAUCUUGAAUGUAACUGAGGAAGAAUCAUCAAUUAAAAGCCAUAACGAAUUAGAAAAUAAUAUUAGUAAUACACCUGUAGAAGAUAUGAGUACCCUUGAAGAAACAACUUUUGUCAUACAACCUACAAAGGUGGUUGCUUCAGAAUCUGUAACAAUGGAUGAAGUUAUUUCGGAGACUGUUUCUAUAUUAAAUGAAACUAAGGACGAAAUAAAUGAACCAGACCUAACUCCAACAGAAAACUCACCAACACCACAAGUUACACAGAAUGAGACAAUUGAUCAAGUUAUCAUUACAAACAAUUCUCAACCCAUUAUCGAACCAACAACUGAUGAACCGGUAGUUGAUUCACUUGCUUUAGAUUCUCUUUUCCCUGAAUCAGAAGAGGAACCUGAAGAAACCAAAACGGCUACAGCAGUCCCAGUUCAGAAAGAAUCAGUUUUUGUACGUCUAGCAAAUAGAAUAAAGGCUUUAGAAGUAAAUAUGUCUCUCUCAAGUCAGUAUCUCGAGGAGCUUUCCAGAAGAUAUAAGAAGCAGGUAGAAGAGCUACAGCGAACUCUUGGAAAUAUGGUGGAAGACAGAAGAUUGGCUGCAGAGAGAGAGAGUACGCAAACUGCCCAGUUAGCUGUUCUGACCCGCAAAGUAGAAACAUUAUCAAAUGCUUUAGAAGAACUCGUAACAGAGAGGGAUAGUUGGUCUACCAAGGUCUCUGUCCUUGGUCAGCAUGGGCUGAUAGUUAUUUUAGAAGUAUUUGGCUUUGUAGCAGUGGUCUGGGUUUGGAGGAGGCUUGGCGGGUCAGCUCCUCAGGAGCCAGAUCGUCAGCAGCAGCCCCCAGUGAUGAGGAGGCAUAGUGCUGAAGAACCUUGUAAACGUAACGCUGUAAGGAGACCGUCAGAAGAGGCAUGUCUUCCAUCAGGUAUGCAUUCUAGGUGGCACCCAUUUAGAUUUAUUAACCGAAGGGGCCAAAAGAAAAAUUUCACGAGAGGGAGUGCGUAAGAGGAAAAGAAGAAGGAAGGGAGGCGAUGUAGUUGUACUCGGGAGUGAUGGAGAGUGGAAGCCGUUGGACCCAGGACCAGACUUCAUUAAGACAGCAAUGUGGUCAAGGGGAAAAAGGUCAUCUCAGACCCAGACUUCGUCGAGCCAAGAGGCAUUAUCCAUCUGCAGUGAAACUGCCAAACCUAAGAAGGUUGGAGCCUUUAGAAGGUUUGUUAAGAAAAUCUUCUGAUUUUAAUAAUCUACCUCCUAAAGGUUUUGCCUUAUCUUAGAACUUUGUGUGAAAUGUGAUAUAGAAAUUACUAGAGAAAUAAAAAUCACGGUUCACUUUGGAUUUACUUCCACAAUUAUAUGUUAAUUAACUGACUUAAAAAAAAAUCCAUUCCAUAGUAUUUAAAUGUUUGUAUUUGUUUUAAAUAGUUCUUUUACAUAAGAGAUUCUAAUUUUAAAUAAUUUCGAUUAAUUUGUUGUUAUUGUUUAAGCUGAGCUUACUUAUGUUACUUAUAGUUAUGUUACAGUUGAUAAAACCAAAAUAUAUAAGAUUAGUUUGUACCUGAUUUUUUAUAUAUAGAUUUAUAUGAUUAUUUUUUAUAUGUUACUGAAUUAUGUUGGUUGGAUUGGAUUGAUUAUUUUCAAUUUUUGCAAUCAAAUGUUAAAAUUUAUCUUUUUUGUUUUAGAUUAGAAAAUAAUUUAUAUAUAACAUUAAAAUCCCUAUGAAAAUGAAAUGAAUGGCUCAAACUAUAUGUAUGAAAUUUAUGCAGUACUUAGCCUAUGAAUAGUAUUGCCAAUUCAUUUGUAUGCGGUAGUUAGUUUAUUCAAUUUCAAAUAUUCUUUUAUAUUGCAUCUGUGUCAUAAAGUUGAUACCCAUAUACAGAUGUUGAGCUCAUCAUUGAAAAGAUAUGGAUGGAAAGAAAUGAUUAAUUAUUUUGACAGAAUUUAUUCUUUUAGAUUUAAUUUAUAAUUUAUAUUUAGCCUAUUUUUAAAUUGAUCCACACUACUUUUUUUAAAAUAGUUAUAUUAAAAGUUAAUAGAAAAAUAAAUUAUUAAAUCACUUCAUUACCAUCUGUAUUAAAACAAAGGAGGUUAAAACAUUUUUACAAAUUAUAGUUUUUAUUAUAAAUUAAUUAAUAACUUAUUAAUUAUUUAAUAUGUUACUUUAGAAGUUUGUAUUAUGCACUAAUUUUUGAACUAUUGCUGUAUCAUCCAACUUCUGACAUUGUGAAGGAUUAAUUUGUAUUAUAAAGCAUAUGUACUAUAAUGUAUGUAAAUCAUUUACAUAAAUGGUCAUGGAAUUACAACUUAGAAGAAACAUAGGUGAAAUAACAUUGAGUAAAAUAAACUAUAAAAUAGAGUGAUUUUUCUGGUAAUCACAAAUUAUGAAACAUGAAUCUUUGCGAACUUGUGAUCUGUGAAUUUAUUUCUUGGUAAUUUACAGACCGACUGAAAAGGCCAAUGAUAAUAAUCUCUUAAUGAGACUAAUUGAUACCCUAGUCUUUGAAUGUUAACAUCUAGAUUUUAAAUUUAGUUAAAAAUGAACUAGAGUAAUGUUAAAAAUUGUAAAAUAAAACAUUAUUUUCUUUAAGAGAGAAGAAAGCACUGUUUUAAUAAGGAGUGCCAAAGAAAAGUAUAUUUGUAAUUUUAGAAUGCUUUAUUUAUUAAUUAUUACUAUUUUAAUUGUUGACUGAUUUUAUAAUUCCAUUACAGUUGCAUUGGGUGUUUGGAACAUAUAUACAGUUAUUUGUAUGGUACAUGAUGUGUUUAUUUAUUGAUUUUGGUUCGUUUAAAGUAUAUUUUGUAUUUAUUAAAUUCUUUACUUUAAUUUUUCUAUUAUUUGAGUUUUAUUGUAAGGAUGGUGAAAUUAUUUUAUGUUAUGUACCAUGGUUAUUGUAUCAUCAUUAACUCUAAAUAGGAAUAAAUAUUGUAUAAACGAUCUGAUUUUUGUAAUUUCAAUUGUGUAUAUACAAUUAUGUUAUUUUAUUUUAAAUGUCAUGAAUGUAUAAGAAUAAAUCCUAUAUAAUGUAAAAUAAAAUCAAGUUAAACUGAAUAGCAAUUUUUGAAAAAAAAAGUUUAUGACUCGUGAAUUGAAUAAAAUUGAUAAUGAUAAUAGUAAUGUGAUUAGUGACUUUUAUCUUGAUACAUAUUAUGUUAGAAGUACUUAAUGGAUUUUUUUUUUUUUAACAAAUCAUAUUUUGAGGGUGUAUUGCCCAAUCAUGUCUGAAACCUAAAGGAGUAGUGUAAACUUGAAUAGAAUACAAACAUUUCUUUGAGUUAUAGUCUAAUUCUGAACAAGGAAGGAAUAAAUUUAAAGUUUGUGAAUUUAAAUGCUCACAUUUUUUGUUGAAUAGCAAAAAAUGCAAAUUCUAAACUAGACAUUGAUUUUUAAACAGAUAGAUUUAAUGUUAAAAUUAAUUUAAUGUGAAGGGAACUUUCAACCUUUAGU